AUGGCACAAAAAACGACUGCGCCCGCCACAAACACGAAACGAAAAGUCGGUUCGAGCGAAAAGUACAACAGUGGCAGCCGAGCCAAGAAAGCGAGAACCGAACCUUUGAAGAAGAAGGCCAGCUCCGACGACAGCGACUCGUCAGACUCGGUAGACGACGGCGGCGCAGAGGUAGACUCACUGCCGCCGCGCGCCAGGGCGGUCCAGGAAGUAGAAAGGGCCAAGGCGGCUAGCAAUGGCUCGGGAAAGACGGCCGAGACAGGCUUGAGCGCUAAAGAGUCGCACGCAAAGCAGAAGCAACUAGCUCUGGAACGCAGGAAUGCGAAGCCACUGGCCGACGAGCUACAGCGGACCAAGAAGCUGUGGGAACGCCUACGCCGGAAGUCCCAUGUGCCCAAGGAGGAGCGCCAGCAGCUCGUUGACGAGCUGUACGGCAUAAUCACAGGGCGCGUCAAGGACUUUGUGUUAAAGCAUGACGCCGUGCGUGCCGUACAGACAGCCAUCAAGUACUCCACCCCGACCCAGCGGAAGCAGAUUGCCAAGGAGCUCCAGGGAACCUAUGCGCAGCUUGCUGAGAGCAGGUAUGCCAAGUUCCUGAUCGGGAAGCUUCUUGUACAGAAUGACGCCGAGACCCGGGAUAUGAUCAUUCCCGAGUUCUACGGCAAGGUGCGGAAGCUCAUCAACCAUUCCGAGGCUUCUUGGAUCCUCGACGAUGUCUACCGCGGCGUCGCCACCAAAGAACAAAAGGCCCAUCUGCUGCGCGAGUGGUACGGGCCGGAGUUCGCCCUGUUCAGACAGCCUGACAAUACCAACGCCACUGCCGAUCUUUCUGAGAUUCUUGCCAAGGAGCCCAGCAAGAGGGCGAUUGUGCUGAAGUACCUCUGCGACAUGACAAACGGCCUGAUACAGAAGAAGUUGACGGGCUUCACCAUGCUCCACGAUGCCAUGUUGCAGUACUUCCUGAACCUGAAGCCCGAGAGUGAGGAGCUGAAAGAAUUUAGCGAGGUCGUCCGGGGAGAUGAUAACGGCGACUUGCUCAAAAAUAUGGCCUUCACCAAGUCGGGUGCCAGGCUGGUGUGCUUGCUGCUGGCGCACGGAGGUGCAAAGGAUCGCAAACAGAUCCUCAAGACCUUCAAGGAUGCGUUCCAAUCCAUGUGCGGCGAUGCUUAUGGCCACAUGAUCAUUCUGGCCGCGUACGACCUCAUUGACGAUACCGUGCUCACGUCCAAGACUAUCUUCCCCGAGAUUCUGGGCAAGAGCGAGGAGAAGGAUACGCACAACAUUCCGUUUCUGGCCAAUGAUCUCAACGCGCGUAUAACCAUCUGCUACCUAUUUGAGGGACAGUCCAAAUCCCUGUUCCCAUCCAGCCAUGCCAGUGACCUGGAGAUCCUGAAUGAGAUCCACGAGAUCAGAAAGACGACAAGCAAAAAGGACCCCGAAAUUCGGCACAAGGAGCUGGUGGCGGCAUUGUCCGCACAAUUACUGGCGGCCGUUGCUUCGUCGCCCUCUGACCUGGUGCAGACAUCCUUUGGCUGCCAGUUCGUCACUGAUGUCUUGUUGUCUGCACAAGGCGAUAAGACAAGCGUCUUGGAAGCGAUUGCCUCAACUGCGGCUAGUGACUUGACGCCGGUGGUCUCGGAGGAUGCCUUAGUCCUACCAUUGCCUCACAUCUCCCUCACCCCUCAUGGUGGCAAGAUGUUUAGGACUCUUAUUGCUGGCGGUAGAUUUGACAAGGAAGCCGGCGCCGUCAAGCGUAUUGAUCCGCCGCUCAACUUUGCCGACAUCCUGUAUCCUGUCAUCAAAGAACAUGUUGUACAGUGGGCGGCUGGGCCUAGUUCGUUCACAGUGUUGGCGCUACUCGAGGCGCCUGACUUUACCUCGAAGCAGGAACUUUUGAAGACACUUCGCUCGGAAAGAAAGACUCUGGAGAAGGCGGCAGUUGAAGAGACGGCGAAUCAAAAGGCAAAGGCCGAGGCCGACAAAACAAAGCCGAAGGGGGCUCGUCGUCCCAAACAAGGCCAGUCGAAAUUGGGGGGUAACCAAGGGACAAGGUUGCUACUUGAGAAGCUGGGCAACUAA